UUAUGCAAAACAUUUCCAAGAAAGAAGAGGAGGAGGAGGAGGAGGAGGAGGAGGAGGAGGANGUGUGUGUGUGUGUGUGUGUGUGUGUGUGUGUGUGUGUGUGUGUGUGUGCUGUCUCUUAUACACAUCUAGAUGUGUAUAAGAGACAGCUUUUACAGUGGCUCCUUGAAAAGUUUAAGUGAGAAAUUCCCAGCAGCAGCAGCAGGAGGAGGAGGAGGAGGAGGAGGAGGAGGAGGAGUGACUACAAAUGCAAAACAAGCUUGGGGAUUGCUAUGGAUGGAUAAUAAGGAUCUGGAAACGUUCCAAGCAAGAAGAAGAGGAGGAGGAGGAGGAGGAGGAGGAGGAGGAGGAGGAGAGGAGGAGGAGUGACUACAAAUGCAAAACAAGCUUGGGGAUUGCUAUGGAAGGAGCUUGGGGAUUGCUAUGGAUGGAUAAUAAGGAUCUGGAAACGUGUCAGAGGGGACACGAUGAGGGCUAACAAACAAACAAACAAACA